AUGUAUAAUCUCCAACGAAACAAUUAUCACCAAAAUCCCAAGAAUAGCAGUAUUCAGACCCCCACUGCUGUCAGUGAAUUUUUGUUUGAUUUGUUAAAUAAUUUGUUCGACAAACGUGACAUUAUUUUAGAUAUUGGCAGCGGCAGAG